GCAGCAGCUACCAGGGCUGGGUCCCACCUGCAAUUGCCCCCAGUACCUCCCACUUACCUGGCACCACGGCCAGUGCCCAUACCUUGCAGCAGGAGGCUGGCCCUUGCCACAAGCUACUGCCCUCCCCCAGCCUGUAUAUUUUCCUGUUUGCCUCUUACCUUUUGCACUGAUCCCAGGAAUAGGGACAGUAACAGCUUAGCUGCUGUCCCUGCAGGAGCCAGAAACCAACCUCUGCUUGCAGGCAGUUCCUGGUCUUCCCUGGGCUCACACCUUCAAUUUCCCCAGGAGGGCUUGGAACCUUGCAUCCAGCCAAGGUUUAUUUCCAGGGAAACCAGGGAAGAAAGAAGUGCAAAAGACCAAAGAAAAAAAGAUGUUGAUACUGUCUAAUGACACAGCCCUGAGCAUUCUCCUCUCCAAGCUGCUUCAAGACCACCUGGAGCAGACAAAUAGCACUACCCCCUCUACAGUUGGAAGCACUGGCAGCAGCCUGGAAAUCAUCUAUGUGCUGAUGAUGGUCGGUCUCUUUGGCUUCUUCACAGUGGGAGUCAUGGUGACCAAUAUCCGUGCUAGGAGGCUGGAAGACUCCCACAACCCCUACAACAUGUACAUUGCAACAGACAUUUGGCACAAAAAGGACCAGGAAUAUUUUCAAGCAAAGCUUAUAGAAAAUUACAAGCUGUGCUGUGUCUUUGAAAACCAGCUGGCAGUAGAGCAGCCAAGCAUACACAUUCCUGAGGAGAAGUCUUCCUAGCCAAAUGAGAGAAAGGACUGAACUUUGCAUGGGGACAACCCAAGCGAUAUCUGCUAUGAACCAGGCUAGCUGCCUUCCCACCUGCCAAGCUCCCGGUGCUGGCCUAGGACAGAUUGAAUUACAGAGAUGACAGUGAAGCUGAUGGGUUUGUGAUGGCUCGGGUGCUGCAAAGUUGCCUGAUCACAUUGUUUCAGUCACUGUAAAGUCAGGGAAGGGGACACACCAAUAGGAGUAUCAUAGACUCAUCAGCUUCACCUGGUGAGAAAUGCAGUUGUUGGUGUUGCCAGCAUGAAUUCUUACAGUAGUCAGUAUACUUCAAAACAAACUGGAUCAAGCAUAAGCUAGAGAUAUUAACAGCCAAGUAUUGUUUCUUGGAAUACCAUCUUGUCUUCCAAGAAAAUGUAGCAGAAAGAUUUUCUUUGUAUUUUUGAAUAAUCAUUAUAUAAACUGUACAGUGUUAUGGAUGAGUAGUUUCUCUGAGAAUCAUGUACCUUUUUGAGAUGGAAUUUUUUUUAAAAAAGGAUUUGCUUUAUUUUUGCUGAAAACCAUUUCUGUGAAAAAAUGCAGACUUCAGAGGGAACUUUUUUAAUGACUGUCCUUAAUUCACAUUGUGUACCCCAGAUAAGACUUGCAGAGUACUUAUGUUUUUCCUUCUUGUGGAUCCAGGUCAAUCUUAGAAGCAAUGUCCACCUUUGUACAAGGACUGAGUAACAUACAGUGUUGUGAGUCUCAAUCACCUUUAAUGAUUGCAGAAGACCUAGGUACUAGCCUUUGGUUGCAAAGUGAAUUUCCACACUGUGAAAAUUGGUUAUUCAAGAUCUCUGCUAUUUAGUCAUGAAAGCAGCUUAUGUGUGUCCCUAAAUUCAAGAUCUCUGCUAUUUAGUCAUGAAAGCAGCUUAUGUGUGUCCCUAACUUGUAGCCCAUGAGCUGUUUCUCUAGCUCCCAAGAGCAGCCCCCUUAGCACAGCUGCUUAUUUCUUGAACUAUCCAAUGUGAGGUCCAUGUCAGCAAGGUAUUCCUGCCUGUGGCCUCCAUAUGCCCUCCUUCCAUGGACUGCGUACACCAAACUGCAGGGAGAAGGCAGCAGCUGAACUCUGCUGCUCUAGCAGCAAGUAUUGGCUGUCUGUGCUAUCAGGCAGAAAUAUGGCUGCUCUGAACACUGCAUUGCUUAAAAUAGCAACCUAGCCAGGUCAAAUCCUGUUUUCUUGUAUGGGAUCAAAGAAGCAAUGGUCUGGGCAGGAGGGAACGUUUUAUUUCUACUCUACAGAUGUACAUCUAAUUUUUAGCUACCAGAGAGUGAGAAGAAAUGGGAAAGGUUUGAAAAAAAGUCAUGCAGAGCAAUUGCUUCAAAGGCAAGGCAAAGGCAGAGUGCGGGCAGAUCACUACCAAAUAUUUGGAUAGUCAAGGGAUGCAAAGCACUGUACUUUCAUUAAAGUAGCAUUCCAGUCAUGUUUAUCUUCCCAUGAUAUUUAAACUUAGGACACUUGAAAACACUGUGUAUUUUUUAAAAUACAUUUGUAUGGUGCCUACCAUUAAGCUGAGGGUGAGGCCAAUGUUUUAAGUGUCUUGAACAAUUUGGAAUAUAUCUAUUGGCUUAAUUAUCUCAGCCUUUGUCUCCUCUAGAGGAAGGUAGACCAAACCAGGCUUUGGAUAACUGUGAACUUCUUGGCUUGGGCACUGUCCUUUUGGGUUCUUACCAGUCUAUAUACUGCUUCUACUUCCCGCCCCCUGUGAGAGUGCAGACGCUCUCGCUUGUUGGUUAUCUAGUUGUAGACCCACAAAGCAUUGCUGAAAAUGUUUAAACUUGCAUUAAAAAUGGCCUUCAUUACAUUAAAACAUUUGAACAUUAGGCAUUUCAAAAGGUCUGCCUCCUGCAGCUCUCCUUCCACUCCAGGUGCUUUCAGGUAUUUUGGGCUGAGGCACUUGUGGUCACCUUAUUUUAAUGUAGCUAUUUGUGACAAGGUCAUUGUCUGCAUUACUUAGCUUCCACUUCUUCUUCUUUUUUUUUUUUUUAUCUCUACCAUUUUAUUUAUUUUAAUAAGUGAGGAACCACUGUGCCUUAGUCAUAAUGUUUUUCUCUGUAACCAGGCUACAAAGCACCUUUCUAUGUCACUUGUAGACUCCCACAAUGGACCUUCACAUUACCUUUCAAUCUUUCUCCUUCUUCCCAUACAUUUUUCACUUGUGAAAAAACAAUAAAAUAUUAAUUACAAAUGUUG